AUGGAAGGACUCGGUAGGAUGUUGGAUAAAGCUAAGCAGUUGCAAUGGUUGAAAGGUUUUGAUGUUGGAAGAGGAAGCACAAUCAAUAUUUCUCAUCUGCUCUACGCAGAUGACACCUUGAUUUUCUGUGGGGCAGACAGAAGUCAAGUGCUCUAUCUAAAUCUAACCCUUCUUAUAUUUGAAGCUAUUUCGGGUCUUCACAUUAACAUGCUCAAAAGUAUAAUCUACCCUGUUAAUGAGGGGCAAAGUUCAGGUCAGAAGCUAUAUGAGAAAUUUAAAAAGAAACUUGCUUCUUGGCAGCUGCAGUAUUUGUCUAUGGGUGGAAGACUAACUCUAAUCAGUAGUGUCCUAGACAGCAUCCCAACCUACCAGAUGUCACUCUUUCCAAUGCUUAGUAAGGUCCUGAAGCAGCUGGAUAAGAUCAGAAGGAACUUUCUAUGGGAACUUUCUAUGGGAAGGGACUAA